AUGAUUCCGGGAGGCGUCAGUGGUCGAAGCUGGCGCCCUGUGGUGCGCUGCGCGGUUUUCUCUGUUUUAUCCGUCUCGUCAUGGCAGUCACGUCGCUGCCCGCGUACACCGCACGCUUGCCACGUAAGCGAACCGAGUCACGCACGCCUUGUACGCGGCACCACACUUCUCCAAGCAGCACGGCUGACAGCAACGUCGGCCCAGUCCUCCACCGCGCAUUUGAAUGCGCAGCGCUGCUACGUCACGUCCUCGUCGUCCGGCUCCUCCUCGCGCAAUUCAGGAGAGGAGAAUGAAUCCUUCCGUGCAAGCCGCGGCAGCAACGACGGCAAUUUGGCGGAUGACGACGCGCGUGACGGCGCCUAUCGAACCACGAUGCCCUGGGAAACACCGGAGGAGUCGAUGGAAGACUUCUACGCCGCCCUCGACGAUCGACCGAGUCCUGUAACGACGCCAAAGGCGGAGAAUUCUGGCGAGCCGGCCACCACGAAUAGCAGCUCAAGCGUCCGCGCAGGAGAGGCGCAGGAGAUGACGGGAACGCCGAACAACGACCAGACUAGCACUUGUGGUUCUUCUCCACAAUACUCCGCCACUGGCAACGCGCAGCCGGGGAAACCCACUUCCACCGCAACUCCCUUUCACGGCAAGGACUCCAUCACCGGCCCCAGUGAUGCAGCCAAGGCAGCGCAAGGCACAGCAGCAGCAGCAGCAGCAGCGGGCGACACAUCUGCGUACCGCGGUCCGUGGGAUGACAAGGGUGCCGGUCUGGUCCGCCAUCGCGUAGCGCAGUGGUACGUGCCGGGUUUGGAGAGGGAGCACCAAAGCAGGACAGCGGUGCAGAUGGAGACGCCGGCCACACCGGUAAAGCUGGCCUCCGCCGUGGUCGGUGUGGUGAACGCGGCUCUGACCGGAACGUCGAAGAAAGGCAGUCGGCAUGACCAGCCUGUGAGGGCAGCACCAGGUAAUGCGCCUGCGACCCCGGCAACGGCCGUAGCGGCAUCCGCCAUGCCCACGCACAGCAAAGACUCACCAAAAGAUCACGCAAGUGGCGCUACUGCGACAGAAGGAACAUCAGGGGGAGAGAAGAGGUCGUCUGACGCCGCCGGGGACGUAGGAAAGGCGAGGCCCUCGCCUGCCGGCACCGCAGCGACAACAACGCAAGCGGCAGCUGCAACUGAAGCGAAGCCGGCUACGCUGGCUCACUCCGCCGGCGGCGCUGCCGCGCAGGAGAAGUUCAACGUAGCCGCCCCCUCGUCUGAGCACACCGUCUUCACGGUAUCCUCGUCGUUGUCUACCGCUGUUGCGUCUGUUGCAGCUAUGGAUGUCAGGACGGACACGGCGGCAGCGAAGUUCCCAGCUAACACAAAGAAAGAGCAGACGGCGCCGGCGGCAGUGGACAAGAAAAGUGGAGAGGCGGAAGAUGACGACGACGAUGGCGAUGAAGAGCUGCCUGAAACACUCCUCACCGUUCAGGCGAACCGCAACAAGCGUAUCAAGCAGCUCCUUAUGGCAAGCCUCGGCUCCGACUUUGCGAAGGCGGGCCUCGGCAACGACGGCGUGCGCACGAGCUUCUCCGUCGUGAACUACCAAACCAUCAAGCAGCUGACGGGCCUCCCUCGCAUCCCGUCCACGCUGCUCAUCUCCUGCAUGGUGGCCCCGGAGAACCAAUUUCGCUGGAUCGACAUCUCCAUGCACCCCACCGCGACCCUCAGUGAGUACAAGGAGGCGCUGGAGGAGGUGCUGCUCGGCCUGGGCGUCGACCGCACCAUGGAGGAAGACUGCGCCGAGCCGAUGCUGCUGCCGCAGGUGACGGUUGUGAAGGGGUGCUACAGCCUGCUCAUGCGGUACGCGAUCGAGGCCCCGGCGAACAAGCAGAUGGACAGCUUUCAAGAUCUCACGAACCGCUUCACCGUGUUUAUGUCGCCUGUCAAGGUCAUCACCGUGCACCGCACCCAGUGCUCGUACGUGGAGGAGUUGAAGCUGAACUGGCAGCAUUACCUGUCCGGCAGGGGUCUAGACAAGCUGUCGAGUACACGCCACGAAGGCAGCGGGCUUGUGCCGUCGGGGAAGGACGAGUCGCCGAUGCUGCCGGGGCAGCGUUAUCUCUUGUACUACUUUGUGAAGGAGACGGUCGGCACCUUCGCGCAGGCGAUUUCGAAGUGCAUCGUCGAGUUCGACCGCUACGAAGCGAACCUCUUCAGCACGCAGCGCAAUCGCUCGUCCAUGGCACGCGACAUCUACCACAUCAAGCGCCGCGCCUCCGUCUACGGCCGUACGAUGACCCUGACGCAAGACGCCUACUCGCACAUCGCCACCGCGCUGCGCAUUUCGAGUGCACAGGUCGGCUAUCAGGAAAUUAUGCACGACCUCGCCCACGUCGAGUCGUUGGCCGAGGAGCUCAACUCCAACGCGGACUCGGUGCUACAGCUGCUGUUCCAGCUGUCGUCGUACCAAGUGAACGAGCUGAUGCGGGUGCUGACGGUGUUCAGCGCUUUCUUCAUCCCGCUAAGUUUUAUUGCAUCCGUGUAUGGCAUGAACUUCGAGGAUCUGCCCAUGCUGCACAACGAGUACGGCGGCGUCUUUUGUGGAAUGCUGAUGUGCACGGUGGCGACCUGCAUUUUCUUGUGGUUCCGCUCCAACCGCUUCAUCUAA